AUGCUGCUGGACCUCCCCAAAGGUCCUGUUCUUGAUCGCCCGACUUGCGGGCGGCUGUAUCUGCUGCUGAAUCAUGCCCUCUACCGACAUAAUGCCCGCUACUCAGGCAUUUCAGCUCUCGAGUGGGCCACACGGCACGGCUUCGAGACGACAGCCCGGAAAUCGUUAGCAGCAGGCGUACCCCAUGGUGCAUGUUGCCAUACUAAAUGGAAACCGAUAGAGGUAGCUGUGCAACACGGCCACGAAGCCAUGGUGCGCCUGUUUUUGGAUUGGGGCAUUGAUCCUAACACCCCGGACUUCAGCCCACUAUCUCAAGAGGAUGCUGGCCUAUUGCGUCUCGCGGCGUCAAAGGGCCAGGAAAACAUUAUCCGACUGUUGCAACGUGCAGCAAAGAUAGGUGAGGAGGUUGUGAGGUCCCUUCUCGAGCAUAAUAUCCAUGUGCAGCUUUUACUGGAAAAGGGGGCCGAUCCUCUUUCAGAAAACUUUGGUCGAGAGAGCCCAUUGGAGGCUGCCGCAAGAGACGACGAAGUGGAAUGGAUCAAGCUGCUUUUGGAGGCGAUUGAUAAACGGGAAAUCCCGUUGGAGGAUCUGCAGCCCAAGCUUGCCCGGGCUCAAUUUCAAGCCGCAGAGAAUGAUUGUCUGAAGACUAAACGGCUUCUUGAGCGCUUUUACUGA